CCGCCCCAACUUUUUUUCUUGCAUGAUUUCCCUCGCACGGAUUUGCCACUCGGAUGUUGUUUCCUCGGGAGCUGAGCUCGGAGCCACGUUGAACCAGCCUUUUCCUCCAGUGCUAUGACAGGCAAACUACUGGAGAAGCUGCCGGGGACCAUGAACACUUUGAUGAACCAAUUGCCUGACAAUCUGUACCCAGAGGAGAUCCCCAACUCUUUGAAUAUCUUCUCCAGCAGCAGCGACUCGGUGGCUCACUACAACCAGAUGGCUGCAGAUAAUGUUAUGGACAUUGGCUUAGCGAACGAAAAGGCUGGUCAGGAACUGUCCUCUUAUUCGGGGACUUUUCAGCCCGCCCCGGGGAACAAGACUGUCACCUACCUGGGGAAAUUUGCUUUCGACUCGCCCUCCAACUGGUGCCAGGACAACAUCAUCAGCCUGAUGAGUGCAGGCAUCCUGGGGGUGCCGCCGUCCUCGGGCGCGCUCACCAGCACGCAGAGCUCGGCGGGCAGCAUGGGGCCGCCGCAGGGCGAGGUGGACCAGAUGUACCCCGCGCUGCCGCCCUACUCCUCCUGCAGUGACCUCUACCCGGAGCCCGUCUCCUUCCACGACCCCCAAAGCAACCCCGGCCUCACCUACUCCCCCCAGGAUUACCAGGCGGCCAAGCCCGCCUUGGACAGCAACCUCUUCCCCAUGAUCCCAGACUAUAACCUCUACCACCACCCCAACGACAUGGGCACCAUCACGGAGCACAAACCCUUCCAGAGCUUGGACCCCAUCCGCGUCAACCCGCCCCCCAUCACCCCACUGGAGACCAUCAAGGCCUUCAAGGACAAGCAGAUCCACCCGGGUUUCGGGGGGCUGCCACAGCCGCCCCUCACCCUCAAGCCCAUCCGACCCCGCAAGUAUCCCAACCGACCCAGCAAGACGCCGCUCCACGAGCGGCCCCACGCCUGCCCCGCCGAGGGUUGCGACCGCCGUUUCUCCCGCUCCGACGAGCUCACCCGUCACCUCCGCAUCCACACGGGCCACAAGCCCUUCCAGUGCCGCAUCUGCAUGCGGAGCUUCAGCCGCAGCGACCACCUCACCACCCACAUCCGCACCCACACCGGCGAGAAACCCUUCGCCUGCGAGUUCUGCGGCCGCAAGUUCGCCCGCUCCGACGAGCGCAAGCGGCACGCCAAGAUCCACCUCAAGCAGAAGGAGAAGAAGGCCGAGAAGGGCUCGGCCGGGCAGCCCCCCACUGCGCACCCCGCUGCCGCCGCUGCCGCCGCCGCCACCUCGCCCCCCGUCGCCCUCGCCCCCGCCGUCACCACGUGCGCUUGAGGGACCUCGGGGGGCGGUGCGGUGGCACCCCCUCUCCUCCCCAACCCUCCGCAUCGUGCCGGGGGAACCCUGGGGUGGCCUCGCUCCCCCCUGGGUUUAGGAUGCCGGGGGCUGCGCUGCACCGGGUCUGCUCUGCCUGCACCCGGAUUGACCGGGUCCAGGAUGCCCGCACCCGGAUCCUGCCUGCACUUGGAUCGACAGGACCCGCACUGUCCGGAUCCCAGUUUCCUGCACCCGGAUUGCACCGACUCGCGCUGUCCGGAUCCCGGCUGCCUGUACCCGCGCUGCCCGGGUCUGGGCUACCCGCACCCUCCUUGCCUGGACCCGGCUCACCCGGAUCCCUGCUGCCCGCACCCCGGUGCCUGGAUCCCUGCUGCCCGCACCCGGAUUACUCGCACUGCCUGGCUCCCCGUUGCCCGUACCCGGAUUACCCAGACCCGGAUUGCCCAGAUCCGGCUCUCCCAGCUCCAGCCUGCCUGGAUCCCGGUUGCCCGUACCCGGCAUCUCUCGGCUCCAGCCUACCCACACCUGGCUCGGCCCAGAUCCGGGCUGCCCGGGUCACAGAUCCCCCGGGGAUCCCGCCUGACUUGGAUCCCAGGUAUCCGGAUCCGACCCACCCAUUUCCCUAGGGGUUGGGCUGGUCAGGAUCGGGCCCUCCUGGAUCCGACCCACCCGGCUCCCCCAGGGCCUGGGCUCGCCUGGAUCCGGCCCGUCCGGGUUGGGAUGGAUGGAUGGAGCUGGUCCGGCUCCCUCCUGCCUGGCUGGGCCUGGAUCCGGCCCCCUGUGCCUCCCCCCCCGUGUAAUUCCCCCCACCCCCCCCAAGCACCGGUUCCCCACGGCGGAGGUAAGCGGGCUCGGGCCCCCCCUAGCCGGGCUGGUGGGGUUGGGGGGGCGGCUCUGCGGGUCCCCCGCAACUUUCGGGGGGCGGCGGGGAGCGACAUCCCGGCAGCAGCUUUUGGGUUUGUUUUUUUCUUUUUUUUUUUUUUUCCUUUUUUUUUUUUUUCCUUCAGAAGAAAUUCUUUACAGAAAUGCAGAAAAAAAAACCCAGUAUUUUGCUGAAUACUUUUUAUAAUGUGAGAUAUUUUUAUUUUAUUUUAUUUGGUCACUUUAAAACAACCAACCAACUACGGAGGAGAAAAAUCAAUUAGUCCUCUAUUUUAUUUUUUUUUUUUUCUUUCUCCUUCUGGUAUGUGCAUGUCAUUGCAUGACUGCUCUGAUUUUUUUCUUCUUUUGUUUUAAUAAAACUGUGCUCAGACAUUUAAGCUAAACUAAGCAAAAAUAAUAAUGACUUUAAAAAAAAAUCUUUGUUGCCAAAAGGUCGUGCUAUCCAGGUUUGAUGUCUGCAUGUGAAAAAAAAAAAAAACAAAAAACAUUAAAAACGUACAAAAAAUAAAGAGAAGAGAAAGAAUGCAGUCUAAUUUAUGUGAACCGAAAGGAACAAAAAAAAAAAAAACAAACCACAAUCAGGUUUAACCACACAAACCUAAGGGAAUGAUAUUUUUUGAAAGACUUUUGUAUAAAGUUGAGUACUUAGAGAAAAAAAAAAUCAUACCAGAUGUAAUAUAUUUUGUGGAUGUUUUUAUUUCUUGGAUUUAUAGUACCUUAUACUAAGGUUAAAAAAAAAAUUAUGCUUGAUAUUGUGAAAAGGUGAUAAUUUUCACACACAUUUCAUUUGCUCAUUUGUCAUGUUGUAAUGCAAAUAUGAUAGUUAAUGCAUACAGCAUUUUUAAGGGAAAAAAUCAGAUUUAUUGAACUGAUGUAUUGUUGUACCAUUUGCACUGUGAGCAAAUGCUAAUGCAGUAAAUAUAUUGUGUUUGCU